UUGCUGUCAAAACUACGGCAGAUUCGCCGGCCUCUUUCAUCUUUGACGUAGCUAUUGGCUCUGCAUGCCGGAUGCCUAGCAGCUAUCGGUCUCUUGGCUGUUACUAACUUGAAGCACAAGAGAGAUUCAGUUAUUGAGUGAAGAAGAAAACAUACCAGAAUAGGACAUGUUGUGCCGCUGAUUGUCCGGGGCUUCUCUUCUAUUGAAUCUGUCUCGGCUUUCCUAUUUACUCGUUGCCGUGCUAGAACUUCUAGCUCGUCCAGCUUGCCCUCCCACCCCCCUUUUUACCAAGACAUAAAAAGCGGCCACACGCAGAAUUCGUCAACUAUCAGUCAAAAGCACUUCGACAGGCCGUCCAACUAGGUCCCGGCCGUUCUAAAUUUACGAACCUAAGCAGUCUACAUAAUACCGAACUACUCUUUGCUCCAGUACCCAAUUGACGCCGAUGCCGAAGUCAAGCACUGCAGAUCCCGGUCCCGGGUCUACCUUCAGGGCUGGCACCGGCGCAGCGGAUCGCGGUUCCAUGACAAGCCCUCAGAGGACUCGACUAGCACCCAGAUGGUGGAAGAUCCACCUUUUCCGCGGCAUGGUCAACGAUGUUCGCCGCCGCGCUCCCUAUUACUGGAGCGACUGGAUCGAUGCUUGGGACUACCGUGUUAUUCCUGCUACGGUGUAUAUGUAUUUUGCCAAUAUUUUGCCCGCUCUAGCAUUCAGCUUGGAUAUGUUCACCAAGACAAACAUGCAGUAUGGCGUUAACGAGGUCCUGCUGGCAUCUGUUCUCGGCGCUGUAGUCUUUUCGAUCAUUGCCUGUCAACCUCUUGUCAUUGUGGGAGUAACGGGGCCUAUUACCGUAUUCAACUAUACUGUAUAUGACAUCGUCACGCCCUUAGGAACGAAUUAUCUAGCCUUCAUGUGCUGGAUUGGCCUGUGGGCCGUCCUUCUACACUGGACCUUGGCAAUCACUAACUCGUGCAACUGGCUCAAAUACGUGACGCGGUUUCCCUGCGAUAUCUUCGGAUUCUACGUGGCCUUCAUCUAUCUGCAGAAAGGAAUCCAAGUACUGGAGCGCUUCGGGGACGGCGCGCCCUUCUAUCUCUCGCUCUCGGUGGCACUGCUCGUCUUCGCCAUCGCCUACAUUUGCGGCGAGCUCGGUAGCGCGGCGCUCUUCCGCCACCCGGUGCGCAUAUUUCUCAAGGACUACGGCACGCCCCUCACUGUCGUCUUUUUCACGGGGUUUGUUCACCUCGGCCGCAUGAAGUCCGUCGAGCUUGAAAGGCUACCCACGACGCGCCCCUUUUUUCCUACUGCGGACCGCCCGUGGCUUGUGGAGCUAUGGGACAUCGAGGUUCGGGAAGUGUUUCUUGCGCUCCCGUUUGCGAUCUUGCUUACUGUUCUGUUUUGGUUCGAUCAUAAUGUUUCAUCACUUAUUGCCCAGGGCACAGAGUUCCCCCUUCGCAAACCAGCAGGCUUCCACUGGGACAUAUUUCUUCUGGGUCUGACGACGGGCGUCGCAGGGAUUUUGGGUUUACCCUUUCCCAACGGGUUAAUUCCGCAAGCACCAUUCCACACGGAGUCUCUGUGCGUUACAGUAGUAGAACUCGACACAGACGAGAACAACACGGAUGCCAAAGGCCAUCACACAUAUAAACGUACCCACGUCGUCGAGCAACGGGUAUCGAAUCUCGCGCAAGGCCUCCUAACCCUAGGCACGGCAACCGGCCCCUUGCUCAUCGUUCUUCACCUCAUCCCACAGGCCGUGCUAGCGGGCCUCUUCUUCAUAAUGGGGUACCAGGCCCUCGAGGCUAACGGUAUUACGCAAAAACUGCUAUAUCUCCUCCGCGACAGGAACCUUACUCCCACAAACCACCCGCUCAGUCACGUCCAGCGGCGCGGCGCGCUCUGGGCUUUUGUGACCGUCGAGCUCAUCGGCUUUGGCGCUACCUUCGCCAUCACGCAGACCAUCGCCGCCGUCGGCUUCCCCAUUUUCAUCUUUGCGCUGAUUCCCAUGCGCGCGCUCGUCAUGCCGCGUUUCUUCACGGCACACGAGCUAAGUAUUCUCGACGCUCCCACUGCUAGCCCAUUCACCAUGGAGAGUGCGGGUGGUACCUACGGCGCUGUCACCACCCAGAAUGAGGACGAGAAAGGUGGUAGUGAUGGCGUGAGUGCGAGUUGUGGGGUCUUGGCUAGGAGUACGGAGAGCGGAAAGAGUAAGGAAAGGCUUGCUGAGGAAGGAAAGAAUGAGAGGCCGAUUAUGGAAGACGACAGCGAGGGGUUGAAUCGUCGGACUUUGGGAAGCCCGGGGCCAAGGGACGGUGAGAAGUAGACGCUCCGGUCUAAGGGUAAGAGAAUGUGCGCGAAACAGGGAACCUAGACCUUCACGCACUUAGAGUUGCCAUGAUUCAAAUAUUAUGUCAUCAGAGACAUGGACGGCUGGAGGUUAGCGUAUAAUGGUCUGCAUUAUGAAUACUCGUUAAAUUUAUGUUUAUAUGCUGCUUUGGUAGAUUUUGAUUGAAUUGUUCAAUUCGGAAUUUCUCCUUUUACAGUUCAUCUUAGGCUUCGAUACGGUCGGAUACAUGUCUACUCCAGCUAUUUCUUAGCUAGAGCAAUGAUGCUACUUUAUCCCAAAAUCAGGGCUAAUUAGCUUAUUGAACAUUUUCACA